AUGGUGCUCCUCACGAUGCGUCGUAUGCAGCCAGCUGCGAUGGCCAUGGCGCGCUCCUCUGCCCGCAACGGCCCCCGUGCCUCCCAGGUCGGACGCGCUCUGCGCUUCGAGCACAUGGCUCAUUUGAGCGCUGUGCAGCUCAUUCCCACGCACAACUUUGGUGGACGUUCGUUCUCCUCCACGCCGGCGACAAGCGUGUUGAAUGACGACAAGAUCGUUGCAGCCUCGCCCUCGGAGGCGGCGGGUCAGGCAAAAAAUGCGGCGGAGGAGGCGAUUGAAGCUGCGAGUAUGUUGCUUUUGCUGCACAAAUCCUGA